ACCCCGAGGGAAAAAAACAGAACAAGGUUGAUGAAUAUCAGAUAGGUGUUCACAAAAUCUUAACAAUUAUUUGCUUCUUCUCUCUGUUUCAGUCAUGAACGUUGUUGGGAAAAAUGAGUCAGACCCAGAGACUAUGGAGAAAAAUGAGGAGGCAGAGAUUAAAUACAGAGGGUGGAAAGUGAUGCCCUUUAUCAUUGGGAAUGAAACUUUUGAGAAGCUGGGAACCAUUGGUACCUUAGCCAAUCUCUUAGUCUAUCUCACAACUGUUUUCAAUUUGGACAGUAUCACUGCAACAAAUAUUAUCAACAUCUUCAACGGCAGUGCCAGUUUAUCCACUUUGAUUGGGGCUUUUCUCUGUGACACCUAUUUUGGCCGCUACAAGACACUCGGAUUCUGCACAAUUGCUUCCUUUCUGGGGCUACUUAUUAUUCAGCUAACAGCAUGGAUUAAGGAAAUGCAUCCACCUCAGUGUGGAAGAGAUAGCAGCAUAUGCAAAGGUCCAAACACAGGCCAAAUGGCAUUUCUGCUGUCUGCAUUUGCAUUUCUGAUUGUGGGAGCUGCAGGGAUCAGACCUUGUAACUUGGCAUUUGGAGUUGAUCAGUUCAACCCCAAUACUGAGUCAGGAAAAAAGGGAAUAAACAGCUUCUUCAAUUGGUACUUCUUUACCUUCACAUUUGCUCAGAUGGUAUCUCUAUCACUCAUUGUGUACGUACAAGCAAACGUAAGUUGGGCUCUGGGUCUGGGAAUUCCUGCAGCUUUGAUGCUCAUCUCUUGCACACUCUACUAUAUGGGAAGCAGAUAUUAUGUCAAAGUUAAAACAAGUGGUCCAGCUCCACUAACAACCAUAGUUCAAGCUAUAGUUGUGGCUGCAAAGAAAAGAAGACUCAAUCUAUCACAGUAUCCAUUGGUUUCCCUCUUUGACUAUGUUUCUCCUCACUCUAUGAACUCCAAGCUUCCUCACACUUCUCAGUUCAGGUUCCUUGACAAAGCUGCUAUCAUAACCCCAGAAGAUGGUAUAAACCCUGACGGGUCUGCUUCUGAUCCUUGGAAUCUCUGCAGCAUGCAGCAAGUGGAAGAGUUGAAAUGUUUGAUAAGAGUGAUGCCCAUUUGGGUUGCAGGAGUUUUCUUCUACGUUGCCAUUGUCCAACAGAACACAAUGUUGGUGUUCCAGGCCCUUCAAGCUGAUAGACGCGUUCUCAACAGCAACUUCAAGAUCCCAGCAGCUUCCUACACUAUCUUCCAGAUGCUGACCCUCACCCUCUGGUUACCCAUCUAUGACCGAAUUAUCGUGCCUUCACUCCAAAGGUUGACAAAAAAAGAGGGUGGCAUCACUGUUCUUCAAAGGAUGGGCAUUGGAAUGUUUCUCUCUGCAUUAUGUGUAUUUGUGUCUGGUGUGGUGGAAGAGAGGAGAAGGACUAUGGCUUUGAGCAACCCUAUUGGAAGAGAGCCAAGAAAAGGUGACAUUUCUUCAAUGCCAGCUCUGUGGUUUAUUCCUCAGUUAGCACUGGCAGGACUGUCUGAUGCAUUUACCCUUGUGGGGCAAGUUGAAUUUUUCUACAAACAGUUUCCUGAGAACAUGAAAAGCAUUGCAGCGUCUCUUUUCUUCUGUGGUCUUGCAGGAUCGAGUUAUUUGAGUAGUUUGCUGAUUUCUAUCAUCCAUAAGGUGACAGCUAAAUCUGCAACUGGGAAUUGGUUACCUCAGGAUCUGAACAAGGGAAGAUUGGAUUAUUUUUAUUACGUUAUAACAGCUCUUCAAGUCUUCAAUUUUGGUUACUUUAUACUGUGUGCCAAGUGGUAUAAAUACAAAGGGACUGCUACUAGCAGCGCUAGUGAUCUUCAGCUAGAUCAACUAUCCAAACCAUCUCAAAAGACUCUUAACACUGUCUAAGGGUUUUCUCUUCAUUCUGUACUUUCUGAAUACGUAUCAGAAAAACCUUAUCAAUUCAGAAUCAUAGUCUCUCGUGCAAAGUUCAUGUCAUCUGUAAUUGGAAAAAUGGUUCAUAAUGUUUCUUUGCCAAGAGAAUAAGGCAGCCUUUCUUUUA